UUCUCCUUCAGCCGAAAGUUAUUCAGACAAUCUAAGCGUUAUCGUUGAAAUAAGAUCGAGCGACCGGUGCAUUGUUCGUUAAAUAUCAGAUUAAUCUAUUUAAGAUAAAUGGUGACGACGCUGACGAAGGCAUUUGGUGGCGAGGGUGAAAACUUGUAGAUACAUUAAACUCCGUACACGCAUUUUGCCCAUAUCUCGACCUGGGGUACAUGGAAUAUGGCGCUUUUUCCAAAACCUAAGGCGCCACCUACUGUUGAUGUGUCAGGAAUUCGUUUAGUUACGAGCGAUGUGAUUGGGUCUCAGUUUCGUUUCACGUGAAUGUGUGGAAUAAAUAUUUAAACCAAAUGUGGGAUAAAUAAAUCUAACGGCUGACUCGUGAACGGGAAUAUUAAAUAAAUAAUAUAUUUUGAGAAAUCGUGUGAUAUAAACGUUGGACUAACCCUGAUUUAUGAACAGAUGCUUGGCAGAGUUGACAUGGCGGCGUUUCGCUCAGCCAAUUGAAACACCGCUCUCUUAAUGGGUCGGUUAUUGUAAUUUCCCCUCACAUUCGCGUCAGUGAUUAAUUCUGUGCUUCGUUUUGUCGUUAUUGAUAAUAAAUCCUCUCGUUUAUUGUUGGACUACGUCGAUUGUUAGCUCCAUUUAAAUCGCGGAAGGUGUAAGGGAUAUCACCGGUGGACGUUUAUGAUGGUAAAUAGGUGUUUGGUCACGUGACUAUAGCCGAAAAAUGGCGCAAAGAUCAGAGUACAAACAUGGGAUCCAUUUCGUUGCAACGGUGUCAUUUGUAUUUGUUUACAAGCGCGCGUUUUCAUAAACCACGUGUUAAGUAGGGUUGAAGUUAAUUGACACUCGAUAAAAGGUAAAAAUGACGGGAAGAGGUACGAAGAGACGGGGGCGUCCCCCAAAGUCCGUGGUUAUGGAGAGACCGAAAAAAUUCCAAUAUCACCUUAUGAAGAAGCCAAAAUAUCUGCAAAACAAGGGUUCCGAAACACCCAACUCCCAGCCAAGCACACCAACAGCGUCUCGGGCCUCAUCUCCAGUUGAGAGUGAAGAGAGCAGGCGCAGUACGCGGAGCAGAAAGUCUCGAGGGCCAAGGGACAAGCAUGCGAGGAAAGGCGGCCACUCCGGCUCCAGUGCCUACCAGCGACGUGGUUACAACCCAAACGUCGACUACCAUGACUCGGAGUACCACUAUGGCUCUGACUUUGGUGACGAGUCUAGUGACAAGACUGACAUAGAUGAAGAGCCUCUUCACAGUGACAUCGAGUCCUCGGAAAGCCUGGAAGAGCCAGAUCCAUCCAGCGAUAGUGAUUUCUCACUAUCCAGCUACAGCACGACUAGCGGCACACCUAGGAAAACUCUUCUAAGUCAGCAGGCUCAACGUGCUCCCAGUCCCGAGCCACUUUGGCUCCAAAACCGAGAGCUGCCGCCUCUUGAUUUGCCAAAAUCUUCCGAUGACUUACUCGUCUCCAAGGAAUUUGUACUCCCAUCUUUGUCCAUAUACGAGGUUUUGAGACACUUCCGAACUCUGGUUCGUCUCUCCUCGUUUAGGUUUGAGGACUUUUGCGCUGCGCUUGUAUGCGAAGAUCAGACGAAUCUUCUAGCCGAGAUUCACAUUAUGCUUAUUAAAGCGCUGCUCAGAGAGGAAGACUCUCAGCAGACCCACUUCGGUCCCUUGGAUCAAAAGGAUUCCGUCAAUGUCAGCUUGUAUUUUGUUGAUCCUAUGACUUGGCCCGAAGUACUGCGGUCAUAUGUAGAAAGUGAUAAGUGCUUUGACGAAAACAUUCUUCAGAUACUUUCCUCUUGCGAAUAUCCCUUCACUUCCGUCAAUGAUCGCCUCAAAGUAUUGCAGUUUUUAACAGACCAGUUUCUCAUUACCAAUCCUGUGCGUGAGGAUUUGUUGCACGAAGGGAAUGUUCACUAUGACGAUCAUUGCCGUGUUUGCCAUCGACUUGGGGAUCUCCUGUGCUGCGAAACAUGUCCUGCAGUAUUCCAUUUGGAAUGCGUCGAGCCACCACUGGUCGAUGUCCCUACUGAAGAUUGGCAGUGCAGCAUCUGCAAGGCACACAAAAUUACCGGAGUAGUGGACUGUUUGCCGGAUGUAGAGAAGAAUGGUUUGCUAUGCAGGCAGGAACAUUUAGGAUUUGAUCGUCAUGGGCGAAAAUAUUGGUUCCUAGGCAGGAGGGUUUUUGUGGAAAGUGAAAAUGGCGAGGUCUGGUACUAUAGUACACCCCUCCAGUUCGAGGAACUGAUGAAUUGUUUGGAUCGAAAUGAAAUGGAAGUGGCGCUCUUUCGUGAAUUGUCAGAUUAUAAGGAAGAGAUAGUACGUCAAAUGGAACUCACUGAAAAAAUAACAAACCAAUGCAAGGGAAAUAAAAAGUCGUACUUUGAGGUAGAAAAUGCCAACAUAUUGAAAAUGCAAAAAGAGAGGCAAGAAAAACUUAACAGAGAAGAGGAGGAGAGGAAAGAAAAGGAGAGACAAGAUGCCGAGGAAAUGGUUCGGAGAAUGCAUGAAGGUACAGAUUCUUUAGAAGAACAAUUAGCGGCUGUUUCUGGACAGAACACAGAUAGAGGGGGCGGUGAUGGCAUAGACGUCGACAAGCAAAAUCCUUCAGCACAAGUGGCAGAAACAGUGGAAGUGGGCGGUGGCGAUACAUCAGAGAUGGUAACAACAGCGGCGGCAGCAGGGACCGAGACAGCCCCGAAGACUUCCAAGACGAGUACGUCUGUCUCCUCCUCUGAAGAAGUUGAAGAAGAAGUUUUAGAGGAGGAAGAUGAUUCUUCCAAGGUUGGAAAAGAUGGCAAAAAGCAUACAAUUGUAACAAGAUCAAAGACAGGCUCGCUACAGCCACGUACUUUCAAUAUGGAUGAUUUGAAAAGAAGGAGCACGACGAUACUUUCUAAGGAAGAGCUUGACAAACUGGACAAAUCUUUGAAAGAUGAAGGUGAUGGAACUCGAAUAACACGUCAAAAGGCACAUCAAAUAGCAUCAGGUACUCACCUGUUCAAACUCGGAAUGGAUAACGGGUUUAAAUCAUACGUCAACCAGUAUAGCACAAACGCGAUAGCGCUCAAUAAACCUCAGCGUAAUGAAGAACGCGAUAAGAAGAGACAUCUGUCACACAAAUUCUCUCUAACGCAAGCUUCUGAGUUCAAAUGGGUUGGGAGUUUGACGGGAACGCGAGCUCUUUUAGUGAGCACCCUGCGCCAAACUAUCUUACAAUUGGAAGGAAGUAUCCAGGCACCAUUUAUGCAUACUAACUGGCCUUUGCUUCGAAAACCGUGGACUACUGCGGUUGGAGCUUGCGUGAAUCCCCGCGACUUUGCAAGAGCUCUGAUAGUCCUUCAAGCCUGCAUAAAAUCCGUUGUGUUUGCCAGCGUCUGGCACGACCAGCUUGGUCACGUUAAGCUUCAACGAGUGACGGCGCUUGAAAGAGAAGAAAAAAAGCGGCAAGAUAAGAAGGAUAAGAAAGAAAAGGAAGACGAGGAGGAGCGGAACAGGCUUACCUACAAUUUUGUCAAGUAUACGCUGGGACUGAAACAUCAAGUCUGGAAGCAGAAAGGUGAAGAGUACAGGGUUCACGGUCAAUGGGGAUGGCUCUGGCUGUCGGCAAGCCGUCGCUACAGGUCUGCGAAUCUGAACAAAGCUGGCUUGCGAGCUGGCCCUCAAAAGAUUAUGGUGCAAAUUAGGGAUCAGGGAGGUAUCAAGAUUUUGGCUCUUGAUCCGCCAACUUAUGAAUUCUUAAUAAAAGAGUACUGUGAGCCCAAGGACCUCAAGGACUUAAAAGCCGAGCCUGAAGAAGCUACAGAGGUGAAACAAGAAAUAAAGGAGGAACACCCAGUUGAAGCUGUGAAGAAAGAAAAUGAAUCUGAAGAAGUUAAAGCGGAAGAAAAACCAGAUGUGAAAGAAAGAUUGGAUGGAAAAUUCUUGCUGAACUCGAACCAAGAAAAUAAACCACACAUACCUUUUUUAGCUGGAAUGAAAAUCGAAAAAGUAUUUCUACCGAUACAUCAGUUUGAAGAAAUUGAUGUAACCAAGGCAUUAACUACACCUGGUCGUUUGCAUUACCCAAAAAUUGCCAAAAAAACUAGAAUCGACGAUUUCUUAUCGAGGAGAACACACCUAAAACUCUUGGAAGAGAGAAAGUUAUCCCAAACGGAGAAGUCAAAGGAGGUAACCGCCCAAGCAACCGUUCCAAAAAACACCGAAGGUGAUACGGAGGUGGACAUUGAGAAUAAUGAAGAGAGCGAUACAGAUGCUGUCGACGGACCACUGCAGAAUAUAUUGUCUGGAAAAUUACCAACUAAAGCGAUUUCUUCGUCUGCUAGAGACAUGCUAACGGCGAUUGGGAAACGGAUCCAACUAGUCAGAAUUCAGUAUGCAAAUAUAAUGCGCUCAUCAAAGAAUGGCAGCUGUUAUUCUCGUUACUGCAACAUGACCCCUCCUCCUGGAAAGGUGAAUGCAGCAGCGGCACAGAGUCUCACCUCAACGUGCUAUUCCCCAAUGUGUUUGCAGAAAGCUAGGCUAAAACGAGAUCUAAUUACUUUACUAAAAAAAGCCAAGAGCUUAAGCAACAGUCAAUCACUGCCAAGCCUAGCCCCGUUCAGUACAUCCUCUGUCCAACAAUCUAAAGCAAGCUUGAAACACGAAGCAACAGAUGAGGCUAAAGAUGCUAUCAGAAGGGAUUUGGAGUCUGCCGUUGCAAUGGCUACGCACUGUGCCGAAGAAGUUCAGGCAACAAACGUAGUUGUUGAUAACAUGUCGGAAGCGUCUUCGCUCUCCGAUAGCCCUUCAAAACCGGCUAAACGAAUUAAAUUAGAAGAAACGACCCCAGAAGAUAGCAUAAAAGUUGAGGGCAAUGGCUUUGAGGAUGAAAAUAUAGUGACAACGAUCAAAACAACUAGCAAUGUUGUGACAACGACAACCGUUACUACGUCUCAACAAACAAUAAAAACCGUGGACGGCGUUGUUCAGAGUUCACAGGAGAGUUUAUCAUCUCGAAAUUCAGUCUCAGUUGCAUCGGAGACAAAGACAUGCAAUCUCAACAAUAUGGGGUUAAAAACAAUAUUUAUCAACCGUCGAGGCAGAACUGUGCAUCGGAGCGCCAUAACAGCUAGGGAAUUGACUGCGGAUGGAACUGAGAGAGUAUAUUCUGCCACUUCGACAGAAGGGAAACUUUAUCUGAAAAAAGUUUCAAUUUCAUUGGCGGACAGACGAAAGAAACGUACUCCAGUAAAAUAUCCACUUUGCUCAACAUUUUCCACAAGAAAUAAACACCGCAGUAUCCUUGUAUUGCCGCAGCACGAACUUCGUAAACUUUCGCGACUUGGCGGACGAACUCCUGUCCAAGGAUUUCAUCAUAUUGCUAAGGCGAACAUGGCUGUAUGGCCAUAUCCCUGCCCAAGGCCGUUGUUCAAAACGUGUUGGCUUUACAGAACUGUUGGCCUAAAGUCAUUGGCUGCAGCUGCAAUACAGUUGAGAAUUUUAUGGGCCUGUUUACGCUGGGACGAUAUGUCUGCCAAACCUUUGUCAACGGAUGGCAAGCAUCAAGUCACAACUGACAACGAGAUUAUGUCCUUGGAGAUCUUGAAGCAUCGACAUGUCGGCCAAUUCAUGGACAGAGUACAAUAUCUUCGAAGAAAAGUAGUGAUACCUUUAGAGCUGCCAAAACAAGUUAGAGAGGUUACUUCAAUCCGUAGCGGGUUGAGAAAAAGAAAACGUCCUGAAUCACCGCAAAGUACGGAGCCUCAGGUGAACGAGGAGUGGGUGGACGAAGAUAAACUUGAACUUUGGGAGAUAAAGCAAUAUGGAGACAAGUUAGAGAAGGCUAAUGCCCAGAUUAUUACUAGGAGUCGAUCAGGAGUACCGCAAUCUGUGGUUGCGGGUGGGAAUAGGGGGUCGAUUACAGGAGCCGUUGACCAGUUGGUCAGCGGCAAGGCAACGCCUGAAGAGAUUAAAGAGAAAAUGGAGCAACAGCUGCGUAUUCAAAGGGCCGCUCACCAACAAAAGAGGGCCCUGGAAACUCUAAAGAGUCCAGCAAAUGUCACAGGUUCCCCUAAUCAGAUCAUCAAAGUUACGUCAAACUCCAAUCCAGAUGGCACCGUCAAAAUUGUUUCCAAAGUAGCAAUACCUGCUAGUCCAAAUACUAGUGUUGGAAAAUCCCAGCUCACAUCACUCUUGACCACGCCGUCUCAAAAUAAAACUUUCCUUGGAACUAGGCGUAUAUACAUGACCAAAUCUUCUGAUGGCACGACUCGAGUUGUCUCAGGGCCCACCAGCAUUCUCCCCAAGACUACCGUCACAUCUCAAACCCCUCAGUCUCAGCCACAACAGCAACAGUCAUUAAUAAAAGUAACGAAUCAGGGAACUGUUCAGAUCAAUCAUACAAAUCAAGUUUCAGCAGCCUCCAACACCCCCGUUCAGCACGUACAGCAGCGGGUCCAGAUCCUUCGAGGGCCGGAUGGUAAACUCCAGGUUCGAGGGUUGAUGCCUGGUCAACAACUUGUACAAAUGCCUGACGGAAAACUCCAUGUUCUAAACACUGGUCAAGCUAUAGCUGCCACACCUACACAAACGCCUGCAACCACAAGUUCGGCAAGCACAACCACACCACAGAGCGUCACUAAGUCUGCGAGCAAUACAAGCUCUGUCAAACCAGCUACACCUGUUACAACAUCUGCUACCAAAGCCAGUCCCACAAAAACUCCAACCAGUCAAACCCAAAAAAUUCAAGCGCAGCAACCAGCCACCCCACAACCACAGGUAUUGACCCCGGGUGGGCAAGUUAUCAAUACAAAUCAAAUCGUGGUGAAUAAUGCAGCCCUUGCCCAGCAGCUCGCGUCCGGCAAAGCUCAGUUGGCAACGAUCGGAGGACACCAAGUUGUUAUACGUAGUACACCGACUGGUAAUCAGAUUGUUCAUCUGAAUUCAACUAGCAGUGCUGUUGUGAAAAAUGCUGUUUCACCUACAAAACCUCAACAAGCAGCAGCGGCUCAGCAGAAUCAGCCUGCAACUCCGUCGACGCAAGCUACAGAACUAGCUACUACAAAUACGGUGACCAGUGCUCAGACAGCGACAACGACCACCACACCAGCUGCUGCAAAUCCUCCUGCUCCAGGUUCAACUCCAGCUCCUGGCAGUGUAGAAGCUUCUCUGUUAGCAGGGCAGCCACCUGGUACCGUUAUAAAGUGUGUCACAGCUCAGGUGAUUCAAACAUCUCAAGGUCCCCGAAUAGUUUUGCAAGGACUCCAAGGAGCCGACUUCACUCCACAGCAACUCGCCAUGGUUCAACAACAAGUCAAGCAACAACUGCUCAAAGCACAAGCAACUACCGGCAAGCAAGGCGUGCUAGGACCAACGAAGAUAUACCUAGCAGUUCAACCAGCUCCAGGAACACAAACGGCAGUUGCUUCUCGCACGCCAACAACAUCUGCUCACACUCAACAAACACAGCAACCGGUAGCUUCACCUCCACACACGACUCCUUCGGCAGCUGCACCGCAAACUGAGUCAGCUACAACCCCAGCUCCAUCUCAGACUGCAGCCCCAGGUUCUCCGAUAAAGCCCAAAGUCGUAGUGCAGCAGGUCGGACGUCCAACUACCGGAAGCGAAGCUGAACCCCAACGUGCAGCUCUGGCGAAUGGGCAGCAGCCUUCACAGCCUUCCCAAGAGCCUAAUCAAACAUCGUCACCUAACAAAUUUGUCCUCACUCCGGAUUACAUACAGCAAACAAUAAAAAAUGCACUAAAGCAGGAAAAUCUUAAUCCUGAAAUAGAAGAGAAACUUCUACAACUGCAGCGGUAUCAAGAGAAGCAAAUGAAGGGUGGCGUCGAGAGCUCCAUAACCUGCAACCAAAUCCACGGCACCCCAACUGCAACUACAACGCGAGCUCCGUCCCGGAAGAGACCUGCGCCGCCCCACGUUCCGCCACUUGCCUCACCUACUACUCCUAAUGUGACGACAAAUGAUAAGGAUAACGAAUGGAGCGAAACACCGAAGAAAAGACCAGCCCCACGACAAGAACCUCGAGAUAUAACGAAAACACCCAAGACGGAGGUUGUAGAGAAUACCGAGGCUACUCCAAAGAAUCGUGCUGGGAAACUAAGGGAUUCUCAAGAACAGAGGAGAAAGCAGCAAGUUCAUUCUCGAAUGCAAGUGUUGUUGUUCCGGCACAAGGAACUCCUAAAAAAAGACAUAUUGAAAAAACGAGCUUUGCUCGAGAAGGAAUUGCAAAUCGAUAUUCAGAAGGAUCUUUCCGCUGAACUAGCUACAAGAACUAAGGCAGAAAGGCACAAACAGGACGAAGUCAAGGUCGGAAGUGCUAAGCGUAAAUCGAACGCUCAGGCAGCGCAACAUGUCAGCCCACCAAAUCGUGGGGGCAGGCCUAAGAAGCACAGAGUCCAAGGAAACAGCACAACACCGCCUGGUGCUUCAACGGCAACCACCGCGGGGGGACGUAUCAAAAAAGAGAAGCUCUACUGCCUGUGUAGAACGCCUUACGACGAAACGAAAUUUUACGUAGGUUGCGAUCUCUGUAACAAUUGGUUCCAUGGAGACUGCGUGGGAAUUACAGAAGAAAUGAGCAAAUCACUGUCUGAGUUUGUAUGCACCGAGUGUCGGCAUGCGAGAGAUACGCAAGAGCUGUACUGUCUUUGCAAACAACCAUAUGAUGAAUCUCAGUUUUAUAUUUGCUGUGACAAAUGCCAGGACUGGUUCCAUGGUCGUUGCGUAGGUAUUCUUCAAUCCGAAGCUGAUAACAUUGAUGAAUACGUCUGCCCAAAUUGCCAGCGAAACUCCUCGGUUAACUUUGCUAAUAUGAAAAAUCUUAACGGAAAGGAUCUUGACCUUUUAAAGAAGUUAAUAAAACAGAUACAGGCACACAAGAGUGCCUGGCCUUUUAUGGAGCCUGUAGAUCCCAACGAGGCGCCAGAUUACUACAAAGUUAUAAAAGAACCUAUGGAUUUGCAAACUAUCGAAUUGAGGAUAAAUGACAGAUCAUACAAAAAACUUAGCGAGUUUAUCGGAGACAUGACCAAGAUAUUUGAUAACUGUCGUUACUACAACCCUAAGGAGUCUCCGUUCUUCAAGUGUGCUGAGUCUUUGGAAACUUACUUUGUGCACAAAAUUAAAAGUCUAAGAGAAAAGUUCUCCGAAGGCAAAUGAUCAAUCAAAACUGAAUAGUAACUAAAUGAGUGAAAGUACAUGCCAUCGGCACUUUUAUUUGCAAAAGUGCAGUGUUAUUGAAUUGACUUGUGCCAGUGACAAGAAAAAAGCAUGAAGUAACAGAAACUCAAGUUAAUCGUAAGUUAUAAUUAGCCCAUACAAAUAAACCUACUAUUUAUUAGAGUUGUGCGAAAAUUCACUUCACAUGAGUUUUUGAUUAUAGUACUACUCUGAAUAAUUGAGAACCCACCAUGCUUAGUAUGAGAAAGUCAUGGGUGACUCGGCAAAAUGGAUAAAUCAUUCGACGCUAAUAAAAAGAUUUCUUAUAUCUUUUUAUAACUCUCUUUAUUUUUUUCUCCGUCGUUUCGCAUAUUUCUCAUUACAGUGAUUAUUUCGCAUAUCUCUAUUAUUUAUAUACUAUACAUAUUAUACAUGGAUUCAGUCAUGUAUCGUUCAAUACGCAAGUCAAACAAUAAUUAGAAGUUUACCCCCGCGGAGUUGUCAAAUGAAAAGCAUCGAGUUUGUAGUAAUUAUACCGUUAAAUGGAACUAUUUGUCAGACGCAGUUCCAUCCAAAAUCUUGCGCAUCCAGAUGUGUGUGACGCUAUAUAUUUUGAUCCGCCCAUCUCUCUUUAUUGCAUUAUCGUCCGACAACAUGUUGCGUACAACAUAGGUCUAAGAUUAUUAGGACGCGCAUAAUAAAUUGUACAAAUUUGUUUAUUGUGCUCACAAGUAAUUAUUACAUUACUUACGUUGUUUUAAUCACAUAAAUUUUCUAUAUAUGAAAGAAAUUGUUUAUAAACGAGACAUAUGAUGUUAGAUUGUAAGAAUAAGCAGGUGAUUUAAACUGCUACUCUUGUACAUACAUAAACAUAGGCAGUGUCUAGGAAUGCGAUUGAUGAACUUUGGUAACAGUUUAUAAUAAUCAAUUGUGUGCGAUGUCAGAUAUGGAAAGGCUCUAGUUUUCAACUAAAUUGUUUAUAUUUUAACUAUUAAAGUAUUAUUAAGCAAUUAUUGCUAAUUAUUAUAACUCUUAACGUAACAGUUGCGUUCAUUUUUACAUCCAUAAGUAAUGAAUCUGGAAGUAUAAGACAACAUUCAACUUUCACAGUUUAUACAAUUAAAGCUACUACACAACUCACAUAUUUGACAUCAGAAAUAGCAAACCCAGUAGGCUGAUGGUUACUAAAUUACAGGUAACAAAUUCUUAUUUAUGCAUGAGUAUGCAUGUGUGUGUGUGUACAUACGCGCACACACCUACCUACACAUACGUACGCCUAAAUAAUAAUUUGCUUUACUGUAUAUAUAGUAACACUGUAACAUGUACGUAUAUGUAUACGUAUAUCGUACAAUGAAGCAAGGCAUGCAUCCUCAAUCUUUUGGUUCAAUUAAGAAACGAAUGAAUAUAAUAAUUAAAGACUCUGGCUGAUACGAUCGUUUAGUAAUAACAAGUUAUCAUUGAAGUUGCACUCUGCACAAUUACAUUGAACAGUUUUGCUGGUUUUUUUUUUUUAUCGGUACAAAAUUUUUUUUACCUUCAUGCCGCCUUUUUACUCGAACGUAACUAUAUACGCGUAGUUCUAUUUACCUCAAGUUACAGCAUCUGGCUUGAUCACGUGUAUUUUUUUUCCCCCCCACUGUUUUUUUCGGUUACUACAGUUAUAUCGUCAUAGUAAAUUGAGUUCGAUUUUCUUGUUCGUUCACUCCUGGAAUGGUGACUGAUAGGAAUUCUGGAAAUACGGACGUUACAAUCGACAUGAUAUCGUAUUGGGUAUCUAUAACUCGUCAUUGGCUGUCUAAUGAUUAUCAUUUACUGUAGCGAGAAAAAGAAUAUUGAGAGAACGUUGCUGCUUAAAUGUAAUAAAUUGCAAAGCAUAAUGUAACUGAUCCAUACUAAAAUGGGAAAUAUCAUCAAGGAAAUAGAUUAAAGUGAUUAUCAUGAACGGAGAGGUGAACCUGGUAACCAACUCUUGACGGGCGCCUUUUAUUCCCAGUUUAUUACGAUUAAUCAUAUAAGAUUGUUUAUUUUCUUUUAAAUAAAAAAGCAACAAAGUGUGAUUACAUAAUUAUAUAUAUAUUCAUCUGAAACCCUAAAUACUAUAUAGUUGAUAAUAAAUAUAUUUGUACUAAUUUUAAUCAUAAACUUUGUUGUUUUUAUUGCACUACUACAAUAUAAAUUAGAAAGAAUUAAAAUAAAUAUUAUUAUACUUUGCUCUUUUUUGAUUUGCCAGAGUAAUGGUAGUGGUCGAGAAUUCAUUCAACGCGUUCUGGAAAUAACAAAUCUUUGAAACAUCUGUUGAAAGACUCUUUAUUUUUCUAAUUCACGUUAUCCAAUUUUUAAUUGUAAAUAAGUCCAUACUUUGUCGUUCCACUGGAUACGUUAUUAAAUUUUCGACCUUUACCUUGACAGCUGGAUUUAGUAAGGUAACAAAGGUGUUACGAAAAGAAUAAUCAGGUUUAUUACAAGUUGAAUGUAAUUCAUUGUUAAGUUGUAUGUUCUGAGGAAAUUUGAAAUCACAGUCGUUGAAAUUGAUGAUUCAAAAUAUUUUACCGCUUCUUCAUAUCACCGAAUAAUGAGGUCAAAUGCUGUUCAUAAAAUGUUCAUUUUUCAAGUGAAACCCAGAAUUAUUAACUAGUAAUUCAUUCGUCUAAUCGGAGCGUGAUAAGAAUUGACGAUACUCACGCUUAGAGUCAAUAAAAUGUAAAAUACUGAAAAUUAGUGAAAACCAAAAUUAAAUACAAUACAAUGCGACGGUCAUCAUCAGGUAACGAAUGAUUUGACGGGAGAAUUUUGUACUCUCACUUAUUCAAAUAAACAUAAUGAACGCUAGAAAAAUAA